AUUUUUCUGGUUCCUUGAGGUGCAGCAGUGGGGUGUCGUCAGAGCUCUUCCUGCACUUUCUGAUGCAGGUGUGGGUUGCUGGUGCUCUCCAGGGGCACUGAGACCCGCUUGUGUAUCAUGCCUCCACUGACUUCCAUAGGUUUUGGUGAGUCCCAUCUCCAUUUUCUCUUCUUUUAAGAGCUUUAGAGUUUGCCUCAACAUUUUCCUUACUCAUUGGUUGUUUAAGAGCAGAUUGUUACAGAGACACUUGCAUAUCUUAUGAUCACUGCAGCAACAUUCUCAUAGCUGAGCUAUGAAACCAGCCUCAGUGGCUGUUGACAUAGGAAGGAGAAAAUGUGGUGCUUUUAUUCAGCUACAGAGAAGGAUGAAAUUAUGUCAUUUGAGGGAACAUGGCUGCAACUGGGAAUCAUCGUAUUGAGUGAAGUAAAUUCAUACACAGAAAGUCAAAUGUUGUAUUGUUUUCUCAUUUUUGGAUCCUGGGUUUUUUAUAGAGUCAUGGAGUCGUCCCUACGUAUUUGUCAAAUAGAAAUGGGCUGUUAUGGGGAACACAGAGGACUCAGGGGCCAGGGAGGGAAUAGAAGAAAAUACGUGAUGGCUCUAGUGAAAAUGGUGAUGAAACCUAAACUGCAUACAGUGGAAGGUCAGUAGAAAAGCAGGUUGCUGAAUUUUCACGUAGUUGUUAGAUAGCCCUUUAAAGGACAUGAACAUAACAUUCAGAGCUAAACUCAGCCCCUAACGAAUAUUAAACCUUUGCUCUGAAGGACUUUUUGCACUUGGAGAAAAGGAAAGGUUUAUUGUUGUUUGUUUGUUUGCUUUGUUUUUAAUUACGAGGAUGGUCUAAAUCACAAGGCUAAGGAGAUACUAACAUUUCAUUUCUGGCAAUCUGCAGUAGAGAACCGUCCACUUUAACACCUCCAGUCUGUGUCCAGUCAUGUGACAAGGAGCACUUAAGACGGCCAUCUCUAUUGCCGCUCUUCAGGAGGUGAUGCAAACGAUGUCUGUUCCCAUGUGUGAGGGUUCUUACCUGGGUUCGAUGCAGCUGCUGUGACUGCCCUGCACAGGAGAGCUGUGUGCAAUUUUGUGUCCAGACUGCAGCGGAAUAUGUGAAAUCCCGACUCCCCGAGGCGCUUAAACAGCAUCUUCAGGAUUAUGAGAAGGAUAAAGAAAACAGUGUUCUGUCUUACCACACCAUCCUGGAGCAGCAGAUCUUGUCAAUUGACCGAGAAAUGCUAGAGAAGUUGACCGUAUCCUAUGAUGAAGCAGGCACUACGUGUUUGAUUGCUCUACUAUCAGAUAAAGACCUCACCGUGGCCAAUGUUGGUGAUUCUCGAGGAGUCUUGUGUGACAAAGAUGGGAAUGCCAUUCCCUUGUCUCAUGAUCACAAGCCUUACCAGCUGAAGGAAAGGAAACGGAUAAAGAGAGCUGGUGGCUUCAUCAGUUUCAACGGCUCCUGGAGGGUCCAGGGGAUCCUAGCCAUGUCUCGAUCCCUAGGAGACUAUCCACUGAAAAAUCUCAACGUGGUCAUCCCAGACCCAGACAUCUUGACCUUUGACCUGGACAAGCUGCAGCCUGAGUUCAUGAUCUUGGCUUCAGACGGCCUGUGGGAUGCUUUCAGCAAUGAAGAGGCGGUUCGGUUCAUCAAGGAGCGCUUGGAUGAACCGCACUUUGGGGCCAAAAGCAUCGUUCUGCAGUCCUUCUACAGAGGCUGCCCUGACAAUAUUACAGUCAUGGUGGUGAAGUUCAGGAAUAGUAGCAAGACAGAAGAGCAGUGAGCCCUGCAGGGUCUCUGCUGCCCCAGACUAAAGGACUCUCUACACACUGUUCUCUUAACGUAGUAAAAAGGGGUGGGGAAUUAUAAUUAGGAUCCUGCGUCCCGACCCAGAACCCCCCUCCCUGGCAGUCUUGAACCCCUUCUGAGUUGUGAGCGCUGAGGGUCCCGUGGCUGCCGUUGCUGAGAGGCUGCAGAGAGUGUGUGUUCCCCAGCCCUUCUGCCAGUGUUUGAAAUGUGUGCAUAGGGGGUCAUAGAUCCCACCUAAGAGGCAGAGGGAAGACGGGCCAUGUAUUCUCCUUCUUAAUGUUCUUUUGGUGAUCUCUUCUGUGGUCUUUCAGGCACCUGCCCUGGUGCCCUCUGUGCAGCUGUGGGCGGGGCAGCCCAGUUACUACUGCAGGCAUCCCCAGAUGAUGUGCUGGCUGAGCCCUCCCUCCGCCUGGCAGCCGCAGCUGUUUCCUAGGAAAUGCUUUCCAUUCUGAGCUUGUGUUCAGUACUCCAGCAGCCUGGAAGGAGACAGGCAGCCCUUUCUUAUCCGUUGUCUGCUCUCCGAGACUGAAGGAUGGAAAGCCAGACCUCGCCCCCUUCUGUUUACUCCCUUCAUUAAUUUAACAGAGUCAGAACACAGUUAGGCAGCCCUAACGCCUCUCCUUGUGGAGCGCAACUCUACCAUUUUGCUCACACCUCACCUCAGAGGCAGCCGCUGACUUCACCACAAGACCCAAGUUUUUGUCUCACCUUCCCAAGCACCCACAGAAAUUGAAUGGAGCGGGGCACUUCGCAGUGCUGUGUGACCCUCCGUCUUCAAUGAGGAAUAUGGCUUCUGAGAGAAAUCAGGAGCUAGGGAUCACCUGCUUACACUGACCAGCUGCUGGCUUCUGCAAAGCCCUUCCCAAGCCUGUCUUAGUAGCUUUCACGUCUUUCAAGCAGUGUUGGGAGAGACAGCAGCCUAGAGUCACCCAGCCACCGUAGGUUGGUAUUUGAUGGCAAAUGACUGGGACAUGCUUCCUGGCAAGAGGAAGGCCUUUCAUCUUUGGUUGCAAAUCUCUGUCCAGACCCAGUAUCCCUCCCUUCCCCCCCCCCAACCCCCGGGCAACCUCAAACUGACUGCUGACGCCUGCAGGGAAAACAGCAGACGGGCUGUUGGGGGCCUGUGUGCACUGCCAGAGCUGGUGGGGAAUUCAAGCAACGCAGAGUUAUUUGGGGGCCUGGAUUGCUGCUCUCCCCUUCCAAACACCAAAGUCGUGGGGUUUUUACCCGCCCCCCAGGCUCUGUACUUCACAAGUUAAUUUAUAGAACAUAUUUGGUUGUCCUUUUUGACUGAACCCACCCCAAACAGCUAAGAUUUUCACUGCAGAGCCCGCCUUGUUUUGUCCUGUCAGUGGGUGUUUGUCAGCAUGGCCUCUCAAGGCCCACUCGCUAGCCAUCCCUACCCCAUUGCCCAGCCCUCUGUCCUUCACUGUGUACCUUGCCCAAAGCCCAGGGCAAUGAAAGAUUGGAGAAUGAAAGAUUAAUGGGGCUCCAAGGACUAAACCUGUCUCGACUCCUCCAGGAACUUGCGUUUCUUUGACUGCAUCAAGAUUUAAUAAUGGCUUCCCAGGAAGCCAUCUUCCUUUUGUAUCCUGUGUUUUCAGCAUUGGGGUUAGGGUUUCCGUUACUGCUUCUCAGAAUGCUGCAGUAUGACAGUGCACUCUUUCUUGUUAUACCGAAGCAUUGGCGUGCGGAGAGGCGUGGAUGCACGGAUGUUGUUAAGCGUCAAGUGGAAGGGAAAGGAGCCGGUUCAGUCAGUGAUGCUUGUUGGUCUGGGUGUUCUUGCUCUAGAAGUCCACGCAGCCCUUAUUCUAACCGAAGGUCCUGACUUCAGAGCCCACGUGGUCAACUUCUCUUCUUUUGUAUUUGCUUAAUGCAAAAGUGUAUAACAAGAGGAAAGAAAUAAUUUGAGAAACAUUUUUAUUGUGAAAGAAAACAAAAACAAAAAACAACUGUUUUGGUGAAGAAGAAAGGAAAGCUAACCAAAUUAGUCCAUUGGUAGCCCUUGAACAAGCAAGGUUUCUUAACCAGCACUGCUGAUUGCACUAGCUACAAAACCUUCUAACUGAGGUUUAUGGGUAACUUGUAAAUUUUGCUUUGGAAAAGUAACUUAUUAUUUCUAACUAUAACCAAAUAGAAUAUACAUAUAUAUAAUAUGUAUUUAUAUAUAUAUAUAUAUGUAUAUCAUACUCCUUUCUUGCCUCUUACCUGCCCCGCCCCCAUGGCUCGCAGACCUUUUUUAAAAGAUAGAAAUUCUAGGCAAAAUGGUAGCGGUUUGAUGAGUAGUUACAUAUAAAACCCUUGCCCUUCUCCUUGUCCUCCUGGAAUGCUCCCUUCCUGGCCUAUGCCCAGCUGUGGGAGUCUGCAGUUAGGCGUGGCUGGGCACUCUGCCCCCCGCCCCCCUUCUCAGGCAGCUCAGAAAGGGUGAGUCUAGCUGCAGGAGAGAUGGAUUUGAGAGAGUGCGUGGAAGGCUUCCAUAAACAGCACUGCCAAAGCGUUGGGAUCAUCCCCAAGGCUGCCGAGACUCCCUACCUAGCCUGAGUUCUAAUUGCCAACAGUCCCCACAGUGCCAAAUUUUGGGAGGGUUUUACAGUGUUUUAGAAGUAAAGCCGAUGCCAGCCCCGGGUCCCUGUUAACCACUUCUCAGCUGCUGCUCCCCUGGUAAUUUGUACUCUUCAGGUGAGAUAGGGGUGGGAGGGCAGGGAAAGGGAUUUUUAAGAAUUCGCUGCAUUCGCAGUUAUUGAAUCAUAAAAACAAACUAUACUAACCUAGAACAAUCCAAAGCUAGUUCCCCAAGACCUGUACUUUUUAAUGUGGCCUCCUUGCCCAGGCCAACCUGGAUCGCUGUUCUACAGUGUGAGCGUAUGCACACAUUCUUGUUGGCCAGCGGCACAUUCUGUUCCUUGCUCUGAACUGAAGGGACUGGCCUCUUGAGUCUGGUAUAUGUCAAGAACAUGACCAAGAGAAGGUUCUAGUGUAGAGUUCUACACGCUUGGUAACUUCAGCUACCUUCUGUCAUGCAAGUGUAGUGAUCUGGACAUCGUGGACAAAUACAGCAAUUGCACGCAAUUAAUCCUCUCUCAAGUGGCUCCAGGGAACUGGAUGCUCUGUUGGCUUGUGUAUCUGGAAAUGCAUGAGGGAUUCACGAAAGGAGUGACCUCUUUCCCUUUGUCAGAUACACUUUGAUUUUCCUGCUUGUUUUGUUUCUUCACCUCCUCCUCUUCUUCCUGACUCCAGAGAUGUUUUUUCCUCCCUUGACACGUUAUUACACAGAUCUUCCUGGAAUAGUCACCCAAAAUUGCCUUAGUCUGUUCCCCCCGCACUCCUGGUUCUGCUCUGGAAAAGACGCCAGUCAGACACCACAUGGUGGCUGUGAACUAUGACAUGUGAACUGCCCCUGGUUAAGUCGUUUUUAUCUAGGCCUUUGGGCUACUUGGCUGCAUCUUGAAGUAACAGGAAUCUAUUGGCCCUCAACACAAGAGAACACACAUUCUAAAGAUAUCUUUCCAAGAGGAGCUGGGGUACCAUACUUCAUAGUACAAAAUAAAUUCAUGGCCAAGCUAAAUGCCAUAUGGGUCAGGAGAAAACACAUAUAAAACCCUAAGACAGUGUCUGGGAACUUUUCCAAAUUAACUUGAUCUGAGUAGCCCCUUGUGACAUUUCAGUGGACUCCUAAUUACCACUUUGGAAUAACCAACGGUAUAGUUUGUGAGUCAGAAGCUCUGAGCCUUUUGCCUGCUAAACUGGAAUGUGCUGAUUUUAUGUGACCAACAGUCUGCUGUUGACAGCAGGGGCCUAGCAGCCAUACUUGGCACUGUAGCUGUGGUAGCUCUCUCUUUCUGUAAGAAGCACACGCUUGGCCACGCUGGGUGCUUCUCAGCUGUGCCGCCACAGUCUUCGGUUGUUUCUCUGAAGUUAGCUUUGCUUUCCAGAUUAAACCAAAAUAUUUUUGUCUCCAUUGACAGUAAUUACACACACACACACACGAAAAGUACAUACUUGAUUUUAACUCACUUUUGACAUUUUGACUAUUUUUUACUGUAUACUAGAAAUGUCACCUAUUAACAGACAUUUAUUAUUUUUCCUCUGUUUACUCCAGACUGUGAAAUAAUUUGCAAUCUAGAGCUCAUACUUCCGAAAUUCAUACCCUAUGUCAUCCUGUCUUUCAUAUAUGUGUUUAAAUCUGGCAACUUAUAAGGCUUGGCCAUAUUCCUUUCCAAUUUCCUCUGCCUGGUCAUUUUUCUUGGGAAGCUGCAACAAGUAACCCCAAAACAAUGGGUAAAAUACAGAGUAAAUCUGGGGCAAAGACACUAAUUUAAAAUUGCAUCCAGUAUUGUGGGGAAAAUACCACCAAAUAAUGUAAAAUAGUAAAAAGUAUAUAUAAAUAAAGCUAAAAAUAGCAUCCCUUUACCUAGGUUGUAGACUGCAAAGAGCGAGGACAGUUGGUACUGUGGGGUCUACAGGUACAUGUUUCCAAAUGUUUCCUAAUGAGCUUUUGUAGAUUCUUAGCCAUGCCGGUGCUUUGUCCAUCAUUGGUUUAGUUUAACACCAAGCUGUAUACUGUUAAGCUGAGUGUUAUUAUCAUUUUAUACACUUGGUAAUAGCUACAGAUUCGUACAAUCUGAGUUAUCGUCACUGAGGAGAACAUAUGCUGUUCAUUUUGACAAAUCAUCAUGGGAAUUUUUGCUUUUCAGAAUUGCACCAAAAAGCAAGAAUGAAGCAAAGAUCAUAUUUAGGGGUAUAUUUUCUUUUAUUCUAGAAGUCUUGUAUUGUUGAACCACAACAUCUUGGUGCACUUGCCACAUCAAAAGGAAGCUUUAAGGCCUCUAAGAGCCAGCAUCCUCCCUCUUUGCACAAGGGGAUCAUUUAAUGGUUCUGGUGGCAGCUGAGGGCUAGCAGGUUUUGAGACACGGCAGGAAAAUCUACCUGAUUCCUGCAGUGCCCACGAGGAAGUGUACUGGCUGUGCAUUGUCACGACACUCCAGACCAUCCAGGUGUUGAAUGGGAGUGCUUGCAUCCUUCAGACCAUCUAACCAGCCCAUUCAUAAUUUAAAGUGUGUUCGUGCAGAAGCAGAGGGAGAAGCCAUGAUGCAGGAAUGGAGUGGUGAGGGUAACCACAGGGAACUGAAAGGGGCUUGUCUCAAGUGUGCGUUUCCAGAUGCCUGAGAAUUCGUGGCUCUGGAUAGUAACUUCUGACUCCUGUACAAAAGCAUGAUAGAGGCAGGAGGUAUCAUUCUUAAAGGCACUAACUGACACUUUGAAAAGGAAGCCUCAGUUUUCAACAGGUGAAAAUUGUAAAUAGUGUCCCAAAUCCCUUCCCCCCCACACCAAUAGAAUUUGGUAGAUGUGGUCUCACCCAGCACUGCCGUAAGCAUGCCACCCUCUUACUCUACUCCUGUCCAGACCCUGGAUGAGGUUUUUUUUUUUAGAACGUUCUCAUUUUCAACGUUCUCCUUUAGAACGUUCUCCUUUUUAUACUGUUUAAAGAUCCUGACCUAGAUGAGAUGGUUUGAACAUGCUGGCAAUGUUCCUGAUGUCAGCUGUCAACAGGGAAAACAGUGACUACCUGGUUGAUAACAGGAAGUUUCACAGAAAUAUACUGUGGGGCAAUUUAGCAUUCUCCAUGUAAUACAAAGUCAUAGUGCUCUCAUAAUUUUCAGUUAGCCUGAUAGAAAUCAUGUAUUAGACAUCUUUAAAUUGGGAAGGUGAUAUACCCUGUAAAAUUUAAAUUUGCCCCAGCCUAUGUAAGGACAAAUAGGGACUGCUUAGAGCAAUGCAGGGAAUUCUGAACUCUGUCACAUGGGAGCACCUAAGCCCUAGACCAUAGUCGAGAAUAUAAUACCCUCAUACAAGUGCCCAGGCUAUCUCCUGUAGUCUGUGCACUUCUCAUCUAGAUCCUUUUAUCCUUUUUAAGACAUAAAGUUGGAAAAAUGCCACAACUUCAACUUCAUUUCACAGCUCCUCCGUUCUUAGCUCUUACUGUGCUGUUUUAAAACCGUAGCUCUGUGAAAGAGAUUAGGACUGUCUUGUCAAUGUCCUCCUUAAGGGAGGAGGGCAAGGUUGGAAUGUAGAGCACUGAGGGGCUAGGACGAGGGCCGAGGACUACCCCAGUGAGGAACAGUGGAACCUACACUUGGUUAGAGUCUGAUAAGCCACAUUUCUGAUAACUUUUACAUGUUUACUUUCUAGUUGUCUUGGGCACUGUCCCUCCCCAGGCUCCUUGACUGUUAGUCUUACCUCUGGUUCUACGUGAACAUCUUUUCAACUAUGGACGGUCUCGAGUAGAAAUACUGUGUUAAGUAAGCACGACAUCACAUUUAGCAUCUGAACAGAAGGCGAUGAGAGUGUGGCUGAAGCAGUCUUCAGACCUGAGAGGACAGUGGGUAUGCAUGACCUCGGCAGUGGUGUCAUGGAUGCCAGGCUGUUUGUCCUCCAGAGAGAGACAACAGGAAGGAACGAGAACCUUGGGCCAUGUGUCUUUUCUAUUUUUGUCCCCCAGAGACUAUAAAUUGUAAUGAUGUCAUGCCCCGAAAGAAAACCCAGGACUGAGAGUGUUUAUCAUCAGCCUUCCUGACAAUGUAGGUGGUGAAUUUGUCAUUUGGAAAGCUAGCAUAUUUCAGGAGUGCAAUUACUUAACUUCAAAUGCAAACAAACAUUGAAUGCCAGAUUUUUUUUAACAACAAAAAUGGUCUCAUAGCAGUAGACAUUCCAAGUUCUAAACAUGAUUUAUGUUUUGUAUAUUGAACAAGAAUAGCAAAAUCUAUUUUCUAUGUGAAGGAAAAAAACUAAGUAUCAGACUUUUUUUUUUUUUUUUUUAAGCAAAGAAGCAAUCACUUUUAACUUCUGCUGGCCCUGUCCUCUUCCCUAAGCUAUUUGAACCGUACUGAGUUACAGUCCUUUGCCUGCUCAGAGCAGAAACAGCAUCUAUAGUAAUGUGAACCCAGCUUUUGAUGAUUUUGUUUUUAAAAUGACCAUUUGCAGAACAAAUAUCACCAGUUUCUGAUAUGCUUAAGGCCAUGGGUGGAGCCCAGUUUUUAAUAAAGGGAGGAGAAAGGGAAAGAGGGAAGCAAAAGCUGUCACAGCUGAGAAGUAGUUUCUGUGAGUGCUGCCACAGUGCAGAGGUUCGGAGCUGGUCCCGCCAGAAGUGCUGGCUGUGUAUGAGUUGUUCUUUAUAUCCAUUUGACGUCAUGAAAUUCUUUCCAUUGGCAGCAUUUUCAUCCUGCUUUAAACAUCAGAGGGGGUUGUUUAUCAGAAGAUACCGAGACCCAUAAUGUAUCAGCCAUGUUUAAAAACUCUUGACGUUGUGUUUAAUGAACUCACAGGUUGGUGUGACAGCCAGGUCAACCAGGCUUUCUGACGUCAGUCCCCAAAACCCAUCUGUAUAUCAAAACCUUGCUGAAACCGCCAUGCACUUGGAGCUACUUAAAGCUUUUCAUUUCUACGUCUGUACUUGUCUCUAAGAGACAUGAGAAAUGGGGCUGCAGUGGGUUUGGGGAGAGCUCAGAGAGCUGACAAUGCAGCCACUCAAGAUGCAUGGCGUGUCAUUUGGUCCCUUUGAUGUGCUGGGUAUAGUUGGCAUUGUAGAGACUGCUGUGUUCAUGCAAUCACUGAUUCUAUGUUGUAUGCAAAAUGAACAGCUAAAAGAGAAAAAGUAAACACAUUAAAGCUAUUAAACUGUA